AUGGGCCUCGUCCAAGGUUCAUUUUUGUCCGAUGGGGAGGCUACGAGUGGCUACCAUGUUAAUGGGAUUCAAGAUGGGUCCCCUGCUUUCAAAGCUGGUUUGGAGCCAUAUUUUGACUUCAUCAUCUCCAUUGGAAACACAAGACUUAGUAAAGAAGGCAACUUGCUGAAAGACCUGCUGAAGGCUAAUGUGGAGAAGUCUGUGACGCUUCAAGUGUACAGCAGCAAGACACAGCGGAUGAGGGAGCUGGAGGUGACCCCCGGUAAUAUGUGGGGGGGCCAAGGUCUGCUGGGGGCAAGCGUCCGCUUCUGCAGUUUUGAAGGGGCUGCUGAAAAUGUCUGGCAUGUCCUGGAUGUCGAGGCCAACUCUCCCGCAGCCUCCGCUGGCCUCAUUGCGCAUGUUGACUUUAUCGUGGGAGCUGACCAGCUGUUGCAAAGUUCGGAUGACUUCUUUUCCUUAAUUGAAGCUAAUCAGGGCAAAGAGCUGAAGUUGCUGGUGUACAACACGCAGAGUGAACGGUGCAGAGAAGUGGUGGUGACUCCAAAUGAGACUUGGGGAGGGGAAGGAAGCUUAGGUUGUGGUAUCGGCUAUGACUAUUUACAUCGUAUUCCAACACGUCCGCCUUCAGCCAGCGACCUGCCAUCUAAGGUAGAUGAUGACAAGGUGCCUUUGCUAAGUAAGGAUAAGCUUUCGGAGAAGCAUCCAUGUGAAGCCGCACAAUCAGCAGACUGUGAAUCAUCAUUCAUCCCCCAAACACCUCCUGAAUUAAACUCUGAGCUUCUGAUAAGUGAACAGGUCCACAAUGUAGCUUGUGACAAGGAGGACUGUGGGGGUCUGGUGGUCGCCACAGGGACGCGACCUGAUGUAGAGGCUCACAGGCACCAGCAUCGUGUUCAGCACCACCGCCUCACGCCCGUGUCUGCAGCAUGA